AUGUCAACAGCAGACAGCCACACAUCAACAGGACCAUCAACACCAACAGGAGGAGACGACUCGACGCUCUACUACAAGGCCGUGGGAUCGAUCGCCCUCUACUUCACAACCGUCAUCUCGGCCCUCGUCAUUUGCAUUGCCAGAACGCGCUUCACCGCCAGCAACGCCCUCUACAUCCUCAUCGCCGUCUCUUCACUCUUUAUUACCUGGUACUAUAUCCUUUCCUUCUUCCAGAAGGAGUAUGUUACCUUGGGUUCCGACCUGAAUCGGUUUAUCCUUGAGUCUGACCUCUUCGUGCAAGCAUACGCGAUUGUGACAAACACCCUCCCGAAAUGGUGGUGGAGCAGUCAACUCCUCCUCCUCACCGGCACCGCCCUCACCUGCUGGUCUGUCGAGGGCCAAACCCUCCGUCUCGAAAAGCAAGCCCAUAACGCCACCAACCCUGCCAAGAAAUCCAAAUGGACUCCAACCUGGUGGUUUGUCCUUCUCGGAUUCUUUGGCAGCAUGUCCGUCGGUGGACCUCUCUUCCUCGCUCAACUGGACCCUAACCCCAAGAUCACCCGGACCCAGACCAGAACCGUCCCUACCCUGUUGGCGCUCUUGAUCCUCUUGGGUGAAGUUAGCGUCAUUGCUACUCCAUUCCUCCCAUCCAUGUCGCGCGAAUUUAUGAUCAACUUGAUUGCUACCCAUGCGCUCUUCUUGGUCCCGGCGUUGUUGACCUUCAACCCGGAGACCCACAAGGGUAUCUCGACCUUCAGCCUCCCACGUCUGUACUUUAUCCUGUCGAUCAUUGGUCUGCUCAGUCAUACCUUCUACACGCUCCCAUUCAUUUUCUCGCCCAUCAUGAAGCCCAAGGUUCUCUACAAUGCCCUCUGGUUCAACCACUGCCAGACUUCUAUUAGUGCCGACAUGAUCCUGAACAACCUCCUUGCGGCCGUGUAUAUGAUCCAAUCCAGCAAACAGUUGAAGAAACUCAAGGUUGGCCUUGCCUUGACUUUGGCGCUGCCUGUUCUUUCUGUCAGCACUGUGUUGCCGCUUUACCUUGGAUGGAGGGAGCGGCAGUUGGUUGUUAGGAAGAGCGUUAAAGACGGAAAGAAGAAGGCGUAA